AUGACUUCGAACAUAGCAGAGUGUAUUAAUCGUCACCUUGUAGCGGCAAGAGAGCUGCCUAUAUUUGAUUUUCUAGAAGAAGUGAGGAAGAUGUUUGGAAGAUGGAAUUAUAAUAACCGGAGAAACGAUAUAUUAGUUGUAUUUGAAGUAUUUAGCAUAUGCAGUCAGGUCGAACCAUCAACCAAAUACUUAUACACAGUAUAUGUUGAAGGAAGGCGUUUCAUCGUUAACUUGGACAACAAAACUUGCAGUUGUUGGAUGUUUCAAAUAGACGAAAUUCCAUGCCCAUAUGCAUGGGCUGUCAUUAAGAAGAAAAAUCUAACAGCUGAUGAUUACUGUUCAGAAUUGUUCAAACCGCACACCGUGGUGAAUACAUAUGAUGUAGUCGUGGAUCCUCUCCCUGAUGAGCGGGAAUGGAAGGUUCCCACAUACUUAUCAGAGGAUGUGGUUUUGCUACCAAGAUACAAGAGACCUCCUGGUAGUCCGAAGAAAAAGCGUGAUAAACCGUUAGUUGAAUUGCUUCUUGGGAAAAAAAGACAUGCUUGCAGUACAUGUGGACAGACUGGACACAAUAGACAUUCUUGUAGUAAUGCUCCCAGAAGGAAGUAA